AUGGAUUUGUUCUCACUCGCUGUGUCGGGCUUCAAAGCCGUCCAGACAGUCCACACAUGCUAUGCUAAGGCGAAGGAGCUGCACACGUUGGCCACUAAGGAGAUAGCGGUUAGUGUGGAGAAGCUGGCUGCUGCUUUACAGUGCCUACAGCUCCGCUACGGCUCGCACAGUUGGACCAAAAGUUUGCUGCAUACGAGGAUGCCUACCAGUGAAGCUGUGAGCGCCUCUGUAGGGUUGGCACGUCAGGCUGUACGUGAGGCUGAGGAACUCAUCGACACUCUCAUGGAGGAGGUCGGUGUUGGUGUCAUUGGAGCUGAGGAGCAGGCUCGGCGUUUGAGGGAUGUCAUUGCAGAUGUCUCCCUGGCAGCGCAGAUGUUGACCCUUGGCCUCACCGCGGUCCGUGCUGCACUUCCGGUCACUGAAGGAAUGGAGACCAUCAUAGGCCGUUGGGACUUUGACAACCUUGCGUUUUCAGAGGCUCUCACUGUGAUGAGGCAACUGGACAUGGGCCGAACCUCGAGCCGUGGGACACUUCUGGCCACUGGCCAGCUAUGGAAGUGGCGACCAGGAGCUUCGACAGCGACUAAGCACAAGCUGCUGUUGGAGCCGCAGUUUUUCUGUUCGGCUAGGCUAGCACUGAGUGGUAAGGAGGAGGAGGUCCUUGCUACGCUGACCCUUGCUCCGAUAGAGGAUGCCAGUGAGCCCAGCGACGUCGCCGAGACCAUACAAGUGGUCCUCACUGAGGAAGGUCUCCAUGACUUCCGCAUAAGGCUCCCAGAUGUCUCCUCGGGGGCACUAUCCUUGCUGGCCACCACCGACAACACCAAUGACGAUGUUCUCGAGCGCUCAUUGUGCUUCAUGUGGACCGAUGAGGAGAGUACAUGCCGGUACGCAUUCGAGUUCGAGUGCUGCGGGUCGGCCAAGAUGACAGCGGAGGUGUUCGAGAUGGCCCUCUACCUGUCCAUGGCUCGCAACUCGAUGGAGCAUCCGGACUUGGGCAUAGACCAAAUGGAGGAGGAGGAGCUCCGCAGCUUCGUCCUGGAUCGUCUGAAAGUUGUCGAACCACCUGGUCGUGCCCGGCGGGGUAGUCUCUUGCCAGCAGUGACUCCCGCCAAGUGA